UCUUCCCUCAUUCUCUUUUUUUCUCUCUUCCUUUUUUCUUCGUGUCCUUUAAUUUCCCCUGUUCCCUCUCGGUUCACAUUCUCCGUUAAGUUCGCCGGAGAUCGUCUCUGCCGCCGGCGUGAAGUCUCGCUGUCUCCGGUCGCCUACUCAGAUCUUGUUCUGUCCGAACCAAAGAGCUUCUUGAUCGACUAAAACCGAGAUGGACUGUCCUAAAGAAUCAGCAGCUGGUCUCAGAGCCGUUGGAUCGCACUGUUCGCUCUCCGAGAUGGACGAUUUCGAUCUCUCUCGAGCCUUGGACAAGCCAAGGCUGAAGAUCGAGCGGAAGAGAUCGUUUGACGAGAGGUCAAUGAGUGAACUGUCAACUGGUUUCAGACAUGACAGUAUCCAUGAAAGUACCUAUUCCCCAGGAGGUCGGUCGGGAUAUGACACGCCUCUCUCGUCGGCCAGGAACUCGUUCGAGCCUCAUCCGAUGGUGUCCGAGGCAUGGGACGCUCUGUCGACAGUCAUUGCAGCCUACGACCAUGCCUCUGAAGAGGUCUUGAACUACGAUCAGGUGUUUGUACGGGACUUUGUACCUAGUGCGCUUGCGUUCUUGAUGAACGGAGAACCGGACAUUGUCAAGAACUUCUUGCUGAAGACACUUCAGCUUCAGGGUUGGGAGAAGCGUGUCGACCGGUUCAAGCUCGGUGAAGGAGUUAUGCCAGCUAGUUUCAAGGUACUUCAUGAUCCUGUCCGGAAAACAGACACGAUAGUAGCAGAUUUUGGAGAGAGCGCCAUUGGAAGAGUGGCGCCUGUUGAUUCUGGUUUCUGGUGGAUCAUCCUUCUCCGAGCAUACACGAAAUCUACAGGGGAUUUGUCUCUUGCCGAGACACCAGAGUGUCAGAAAGGAAUGAGGCUUAUACUGUCGCUUUGCUUGUCUGAAGGUUUCGAUACUUUUCCUACGUUGCUUUGCGCAGACGGCUGCAGUAUGAUCGAUCGGAGAAUGGGUGUGUACGGCUAUCCGAUCGAGAUCCAAGCGCUGUUCUUCAUGGCGCUGAGAAGCGCAUUGUCGAUGCUAAAACACGACGGUGAAGGUAGAGAGUUCAUAGAGAGAAUCGUGAAGCGUCUUCACGCCUUGAGCUUUCACAUGAGGAGUUAUUUCUGGCUCGAUUUCCAGCAACUCAACGACAUCUACAGGUACAAGACAGAGGAGUACUCGCACACAGCCGUGAACAAGUUCAACGUGAUGCCGGAUUCGAUACCGGAGUGGGUGUUCGACUUCAUGCCGCUGAGGGGAGGGUACUUCGUGGGAAACGUGAGCCCAGCCCGGAUGGACUUCAGGUGGUUCGCUCUGGGUAACUGCGUGGCGAUCCUGUCGUCGCUGGCGACGCCCGAGCAGUCAAUGGCGAUCAUGGACCUCAUCGAGGCUCGUUGGGAGGAGCUCGUGGGGGAGAUGCCUCUCAAGAUAUGUUACCCUUGCAUCGAGAGCCACGAAUGGCGCAUCGUCACUGGCUGUGAUCCCAAGAACACGCGCUGGAGCUACCACAACGGGGGCUCUUGGCCAGUCCUGUUGUGGCUGCUGACCGCAGCGUGCAUAAAGACGGGACGGCCACAAAUAGCGAGACGAGCGAUCGAUCUCAUAGAGACGCGUCUCCAUAGGGAUUGCUGGCCAGAGUACUACGACGGGAAGCAGGGUCGGUACAUAGGGAAACAGGCGAGGAAGCUGCAGACGUGGUCGAUAGCGGGAUACUUGGUCGCGAAGAUGAUGCUUGAAGACCCUUCCCAUCUCGGCAUGAUCUCUCUUGAAGAAGACAAGCAGAUGAAACCUGUUCUCAAGCGGUCUGCUUCUUGGACUUUCUGAGAACUGGCAGUUCUGUCCUUUUUUUGUACUGAUUUCUCCAUUAAUUAAUGUCUUCGAGACGAUGAGAGGAGGAGGGGGUACAAGGCUACUCUUUGUUUUGCUUCUCUCUUUGCUUUCCCAAGUAUAAAUGAAAGGAAAAGGUAAUAAGGAAAAAAACGCGUUUGCUUUUGCGUUUGCGUUUGCACGUGCAAGAAGCAUGGAGUU